AUGUCAGAUCAAGUUAGGCUUGCUAAAGAAAACAUGGACUCGGCUCAAACUUUACUUCAAGCUCACCCUAUUGAUCAAGAUCUUACUAGAAGAGAAAGAGAUUAUGUUGUUGAAUAUGUAAAGCUAGCUAAGUAUGAGGAAUCUGCUCUUAAACAACAUUCUAAAGUUAAAAGUGACCUUGAGGAUAAUGUUAUUGAUGAUUUCUCUAAUUUAAGGUUUGAAGCUUAUGUUAAGCAAGAUGAUGUGGCUGACCUUAUUAGGCCUGUUACUAGAGAGGAAGUUAUUUUAGCUCUUAACUCUAUUGGUUCUAGUAAAGCCCCUGGACCAGAUGGCUUCUCAAGUCACUUUUUUAAGACUAGCUUGUCCAUUGUUGGUGAUGAUCUUGUAGCAGCAGUUCAAAAAUUUUUCACUAAAUCUAAGCUCUUAAAGGAAAUUAAUAGCACCUUCAUUACCUUAAUUGCUAAGUCUAAGAAUCCUUCUAAUGUUUCAGAUUAUAGGCAUAUUUCUUGUUGCAAUGUCACCUAUAAGUGUAUCACCAAAAUUAUUUCUCUUAGAAUGAAGAAGAUUUUGGGGGGUCUUAUUAUCCAGAAUCAAUCAGCUUUCAUCUCUGGUAGAAGUAUCCAAGAUAAUAUAAUGUUGGCUCAUGAAUUGGUUAGAAAUUAUCACAGAUCAAAAGGGUCUCCUAGGUGUGCUCUAAAAAUCGACUUCAGAAAGGCUUAUGACACUGUCAAGUGGUCUGCAAUCUUCUAUGUCUUGAAGCAAAUGGGCUUCCCUGAUCAGUUUAUUAAUUGGAUUUCUUUAUGUAUUACUUCUGCUAAGUUCUUUGUGCUAGUAAAUGGUUCUCCUUAUGGUUUCUUUGGGGCUAAAAGAGGACUCGGACAAGGCUUCCCAAUUUCGCCUUAUCUUUUUGUGCUUGCUAUGGAGAUAUUAAGUGCAACUCUCCUCAAACAAGUGCAGCUGCAAAAUUUCGGCUUCCAUCCCAGGUGCAAGCUUACAAGCCUUACACACUUAUGCUUUGUCGAUAAUGUUAUGUUAUUCUUCAAAGGUACUUCCUCAGCUGCUUUAAGUGUUAAGAAUGCUUUGAAUGAGUUUAGUCUUUAUACUGGUCUUGAAAUGAAUAACCAAAAAACCUCCUUAUUCUAUUCUGCUAUUGAAGAUGAUAUUUUACAACAAAUUCUUAUUAUUUUGAAUUGCUCUGAGGGGGGAACUUUCUGUCAGAUACUUAGUUGGACUUAUUUAUCUCAUGCUUAUGAGGAAGGUGGCCUUGGAGUUAAAAGUCUGGAGUAUACAAAUGUUGCAGCAAAUCUCAGGCACAUCUGGGACCUGAUUUCUGGGAAAGAAACCAUAUGGACUACCUGGGUUAGUGGACUGGUGGAUUCUAAUACCUUGGAGACUUUAGGUGUUACUGAUACAACAAAAGUUGCUGAUUUUAUUUCUAAUGGAAGUUGGAAUUUUCCUUCUUACAUGGAGGAAAGUGUUCAAGAUAUAGUACAACAAAUCACCACAACUGACUUCAACAUUCAUGAAAGUGAUCAAGUUUUUUGGAAGGAUAGCAUCACAGGUAUUUGGAUUGGCCUCUUGCUAAAAUUAGGCUUCAUUAGAGUACCUGCUAACACAUGGGAAGAGGAAAUUACUUGGUGUACUCAGAAUUUCACAGGUCAUAAUACUGUUACUACCAUCAAAAAAUUGGUUCUUAACUUUUUUAUUUACCACAUAUGGAAACAAAGGAACAAUAGAAUAUUCAGAUCUUCUUUCAAUUCCCAAGACCAAGUGAGCCUUCUGAUUGUUCAAGAAGUGAGAUAUAAAAUGUCUGCUUCUUUUUGCAAGGAGGAGGAUAAUGUUCAAUCAAGAUGGUUUAUGAGCAGAUGGAGAGUGGAUUGCCUUUUUACUCAACCUGAUUUCAUUGAGUGUACUUGGCUUGCUCCUGAAACAAAUGAAACAAUGAUUAAUACUGAUGGUUCAAAUUCUGAUGAUGCUGGUAGUUUUGGUGCCAUCCUAAGAGAUCAUAAUGCUGAAGUUCUGAGUGAUGCUAGUGGUGAUGGACCUUCCAUUUCUGUUUUGGCUCAUGAAUUGCAGGGAGUAGAACUGGGGAUGAAGAUGGCUAUUCAACUUGAUAAGUUCAAAGUUCAUAUUGCUACAGAUUCCAUGGCAGUGGUUAAUUUAUUUACAAAUCCUGAGCCAGACCCUCCUUGGAAUGUUAUACAAAUAUGGAGAAGAAUAAAGCUGCUGAAAAGAAGGUUUACUUCCUAG